UAUCUCAGACGUCAUGUCUGAUCAGAUAAUGUAAUUAAAAGUCAAUCAGGUUUAUUUUCCUGACCAGUAUGUUCUUAGCUACUCACCAAUACAUGUCAUAUAGCCAAAGUUAUAAAAUAAAUAUGUUUUUAUAUUUCCUCUUUGCGCUUGUGGCAACGAGCGCAGCACGACCGCCUCAUUUCGAAGAAAGCUCAGAUCUUUCGAUAGCUAAUGCAAACGCGAGAACUCCUGCUCCACUAAACGUGAUAACGGUGCCAACGAAUUGCCCUGCUGGUCAAGAAUAUAUCAAUGGAGCAUGCCGUGAUGUUUGGAGAGCAGAAAAUAUAGGCCGUCCCGUGACCCCAUCUCCAUUGAACGUGAUAACCGUGCCACCAAAUUGCCCUGAUGGUCAGGAAUAUAUCGAUGGUGAAUGCCGUGAUGUUUGGAGAACAGAUAUUGGCAGAACCCCUGCUCCACUGAACGUUAUAACGGUGCCAACGAAUUGUCCUGCUGGUCAGGAAUACAUCAAUGGAGAAUGCCGUGAUGUUUGGAGAGCAGACAAUAUUGGCGGAACCCCUGCUCCACUGAACGUUAUAACGGUGCCAACGAAUUGUCCUGCUGGUCAAGAAUAUAUCAAUGGAGCAUGCCGUGAUGUUUGGAGAGCAGACAAUAUUGGCCGAACCCCGUCUCCUUUGAACGUGAUAACCGUGCCACCAAAUUGCCCUGAUGGUCAGGAAUAUAUCGAUGGAGAAUGCCGUGAUGUUUGGAGAGCAGACAAUAUUGACAGAACCCCUGCUCCACUGAACGUUAUAACGGUGCCAACGAAUUGUCCUGCUGGUCAGGAAUACAUCAAUGGAGAAUGCCGUGAUGUUUGGAGAGCAGACAAUAUUGGCAGAACCCCUGCUCCACUGAACGUUAUAACGGUGCCAACGAAUUGUCCUGCUGGUCAAGAAUAUAUCAAUGAAGCAUGCCGUAAUGUUUGGAGAGCAGACAAUACUGGCCGAACCCCAUCUCCUUUGAACGUGAUAACCGUGCCACCAAAUUGCCCUGAUGGUCAGGAAUAUAUCGAUGGAGAAUGCCGUGAUGUUUGGAGAGCAGACAAUAUUGACAGAACCCCUGCUCCACUGAACGUUAUAACGGUGCCAACGAAUUGUCCUGCUGGUCAAGAAUACAUCAAUGGAGAAUGCCGUGAUGUUUGGAGAGCAGACAAUAUUGGCAGAACCCCUGCUCCACUGAACGUUAUAACGGUCCCAACAAAUUGUCCUGCUGGUCAAGAAUACAUCAAUGGCGCAUGCCGUGAUGUUUGGAGAGCAGGCAAUAUUGGCAGAACCCCUGCUCCACUGAAUGUUAUAACGGUGCCAACGAAUUGUCCUGCUGGUCAAGAAUAUAUCAAUGGAGCAUGCCGUGAUGUUUGGAGAGCAGACAAUAUUGGCAGAACCCCUGCUCCACUGAACGUUAUAACGGUGCCAACGAAUUGUCCUGCUGGUCAAGAAUAUAUCAAUGGAGCAUGCCGUGAUGUUUGGAGAGCAGACAAUAUUGGCCGAACCCCGUCACCACUGAACGUGAUAACAGUGCCACCAAAUUGCCCUGAUGGUCAGGAAUAUAUCGAUGGAGAAUGCCGUGAUGUUUGGAGAACAGACAAUAUUGGCAGAACCCCUGCUCCACUGAACGUUAUAACGGUGCCAACGAAUUGUCCUGCUGGUCAGGAAUAUAUCAAUGGAGAAUGCCGUGAUGUUUGGAUCAAAAUUAAUUCGAAACUUUCACUUUUAGAGGAGUCAGCCCCUGAAGUUGAAGAUCAGCCAAUUCAAGAAAUGGUGGAACUAGUCGAUUAUUCAUCGAGAAAUGUUAUAUAUAAGUGUGCCUAACCAAUGCCCGGCGGGAUAUGCACCAGACGCGCUAGGAGUUUGUAGAGAGAUUUGGGUGCUCUAAGUUAGGUAUAAUUGAUGUA